AUGGCCAGCUGGUGUUCCUACAGCUGCUACCACCGCCACGAGCGCAACUGCUUCUACCGCAGGCACCACCCCUCCCGCCACCGCCACGAGCGCAACUGCUUCUACCGCAGGCACCACCCCUCCCGCCGCCGCCACGAGCGCAACUGCUUCUACCGCAGGCACCACCCCUCCCGCCGCCGCCACGAGCGCAACUGCUUCUACCGCAGGCACCACCCCUCCCGCCGCCGCCACGAGCGCAACUGCUUCUACCGCAGGCACCACCCGUCCCGCCGCCGCCACGAGCGCAACUGCUUCUACCGCAGGCACCACCCCUCCCGCCGCCGCCACGAGCGCAACUGCUUCUACCGCAACAGGCACCACCCCUCCCGCCGCCGCCACGAGCGCAACUGCUUCUACCGCAACAGGCACCACCCCUCCCGCCGCCGCCACGAGCGCAACUGCUUCUACCGCAGGCACCACCCGUCCCGCCGCCGCCACGAGCGCAACUGCUUCUACCGCAGGCACCACCCGUCCCGCCGCCGCCACGAGCGCAACUGCUUCUACCGCAACAGGCACCACCCCUCCCGCCGCCGCCACGAGCGCAACUGCUUCUACCGCAACAGGCACCACCCCUCCCGCCGCCGCCACGAGCGCAACUGCUUCUACCGCAACAGGCACCACCCCUCCCGCCGCCGCCACGAGCGCAACUGCUUCUACCGCAACAGGCACCACCCCUCCCGCCGCCGCCACGAGCGCAACUGCUUCUACCGCAACAGGCACCACCCCUCCCGCCGCCGCCACGAGCGCAACUGCUUCUACCGCAACAGGCACCACCCCUCCCGCCGCCGCCACGAGCGCAACUGCUUCUACCGCACCACCCCUCCUACCACCAAAACGAGUACACCUACUCCCUCCACAAGUAUCCCAGGUCCCAGCAAACCUUGCCAAGUGGAUCCCUGUGAGGGUGGUUCUUCAUGUGUUAAUCUGCAUGAUAGACAUUUUUGCCUGUGUUCAGAAGGGUAUUACUAUAACUCUUCUACAUGCAAUAAAGGAACGAUAUUCCCUGGUACAAUUACGGUCAAAAUAUCAUCUACAUCCAUCUUGGAAGAUGAAAAUUCUGUGGCCUAUCAGGAAUUAUACCUUAAUAUUACUACAUUUUUUAAAAAUGCAUUUAACAAUACUGAUUACGGACAGACUGUAAUUGGUAAAUUAAGCCCAUCUCCUUCAGCAAGAUCUGAAAUUCGUACUGUUGGCGUAGAAGUAGUAAACAUUUUUACAGAUACUACAAAAGAAACUGAAGAAAACAUAACAUGUGCCAUUAAAAAAGCAAUUGCAAACAGCACAACUGAGUUUACAGGAUACACCAAGCAAGAUCGGUGUGAUUAUUAUGGUUGUAAGAAAAAGGAUGCACAAGAUGACUGCGCCAGUGGUUUACUAUGUCAGUGCAAACCGGGGCUGCAGAGACCGAGACCACAGAUCCCUCUGUGUGUUGCUUUGGAUCCAAAGUGUCCUGGUAACUGCAACACAGAGAACAAGAAGCAAUGCCUAGUGAAGAACAGCAGGGAAGCUAAAUGCGUGUGCCUGCCAGGCUACAAGGAAGAUAAUCGUGGGAUCUGUCAACCGUGUGCGUUUGGCUACAGCGGAGUUGAUUGUGAAGACUCAUUUCAGCUGAUCCUCACGAUCGUGGGCACCGUUGCUGGCAUCCUCUUUCUCGGCAUGGUGAUUGCACUCAUCUUCUCAGUGAGAUCAAAGAACAAAAGCAGGAAUGCAGAAGAAGAGAACUUGAUUGAGAACGAUUUUCGAAAUCUGAAACUGUGGGAGACCGGCUUUAGCAAUCUAGGAGCAGAUGGGAGCAUCUUCCCUAAGAUCAGGGUGAACCUACCCAAAGAGAGUCAGCCACAGAAUCCCUACAUAGUCCAGGGUGGUCUACCCCGCGCAGACUAUUAGAACGGUAAAAAUUUGGAACCAUCCACCCCCUCAACCCAACAUAUGAGCUUUUAUUUUGAGUGUUUCAAAGACUGAUGGAGAAGGGAGCAGCCAUGAAGAUCUGGCCUUUGGUAUUUCUCUUCCAUCCAGCCUCUCUGAAUGGGAGUUGUGACUGUUUGCAAUGAAUACAGCUUGUUUGCUAACUAAGUACCUAUGACAUUAAAUGCACAUAGAUGCUAUUAGUAAGCAUCUAUACUUAAGAUAGUUGAUUUACUCCAAUCAGUACAAUGGUUAGGUUUGUUUUUCCUGGCCGUGCAACAGUAAUCAUUCUAUCUAUCUAGAGGGAAGCUCCCCAGGAUUUUUCACUCCUGAAAGAGUCUAGAAGACUGUUGCUUUGAGUUGAUACCCUGUAGAUAAUUGACGUAUUCUGGGAGACUCUUACACAUCAGCUGUGGACGUCCCAGGAGAUGGGAGGAGAUACCAUCCUUGAAGAUGCUCAGGUUCAUUCUCUGGCAAGUUAAAACAGGGAAGCUGGGGCUUCCCUGGUGGCGCAGUGGUUAAGAAUCCGCCUGCCAAUGCAGGGGACACGGGUUCAAGCCCUGGCCCGGGAAGAUCCCACAUGCCGCGGAGCAACUAAGCCUGUGCGCCACAACUACUGAAGCCCGCGCGCCUAGAGCCCAUGCUCCUCAACGAGAGAAGCCACCGCAAUGAGAAGCCCGCGCACCGCAGCGAAGAGUGGCCCCCGCUCACCGCAACUAGAGAAAGCCUGCGCACAGCAAUGGAGACCCAACACAGCCAAAAAUGAAAAUAAAAAAUAAAUAAAUUAAAAAAAAAAAAGAAGUGGUGUGUUACACUUUAUGUCAAAAGAAUGGUAUUUUAAAAAAAGAAAAAAAACAGGGAAGCUGCUUCUUUUCCUCAAAUGUAGGGAUUUCAUUACCCUUGAACUGCCAGGAGCUUGUGACCUGGGCUCAAAUCAAGAGGACAGAUAAAAAGAGACAGGUCUCUUAGCUUUUUGGGAGCAGUUACUGGCAACCCAGGGCCUUCUUAAUGUCAACUGGAAGGCCUGAACUAGAAAUGUCCUCUGCGGGGGUACAUUCUAGAGGUUUUGAAAUGCCGGUAGGUAGGGGGGUCAGUGGGGACAAAUGUGACCAGGAGUAGGAGGAACAGAGGUAGAAGGAAGCUGGGCUGGUAGGCUGAGUAAGGGAGAAGGUUCCCAGGGCCCACCUUCAUCCUCAAUGAGCAAAUGGGCAUUUCCUCUAACUCAUGCCCUACCCAAGAUUUAGAACCUAGGAGAGGAUGUGAAGACAAACCCCCCAGAGCAAGAGCUUGAAGUCACUUUGAAAUUGUAGACAUUCUGACUGGCUGAUGGUGAGUGAGGGAGCUUGUGCUCUGGAUCCAAAUGUUCAGCCUCGUGAUACAGACUCCAGAGGUAUUCCACCAAAACCUCAGCCUUCCCUGGGGACAGAGCCUUAGCCGUGGUCACUGACACACACAGCCAAGCAUGGGGGCAGCACCUCCGGCACAGCUUUCUUUAAUGUUAGUAGUAUCCUUGUUUAUGUCUAA